CACCAAUUAACAAACCAAACCGACGAUGGCGUCGAAUAAGACAGUCCUCAUCGUCGCGGCGAUGCUUCUCAUCACGCUCGUGCUGGAGGCUGCCCCUCCGGCGGCCGCCAUGGACUGCAAGGCCGGGUGUGACGAGGUCACGGGCCCACUCCACAUGAGCAUGGAGGACUGCAUGAAGAGGUGCAAGGAGAUAGCUGCUGAGCAGGGGCCUAGGGACCCUUACAAGGAUAACAAACUUGACAUCCCAUGAACUAGUUAAUGCUCCUAUAUCAUCUGCCUAUCCAUGCAUGCAUUGCAUUGCGUAUGCACACUGUGCGUGCCUGCCCACAAAGUUCGACAACACACCGAUCUCGAUGGAUUUGUAAUCGUGUCCACUCGAUCGAGAGAUCGAUCGAUGCUUGUUAUUAUAUUUGUAUUCCACAUUAUAUAUAAGAAAUACAAAUUAAAUUAAAUUUAUUC